AUGGAGAUCCGCAAAGCCGACGCGCGUGCCAAGCUGUCCGUCAAAGCUGGAGGCUUCUCCAUCGGGGCUUUUGCUGCUUCGAACAGAGGGAAGCUCGAGGACUUUUAUGAAGUUGAGAAGGAGGUCUUGGGUGAGGGCUCCUUUGGAUCUGUACAGAAGUGCAGAUACAAGGACACGGGACAAUGGAGAGCUGUCAAAACGAUCAACAAGAAAAGGGUCAAGAACGUCGAAAGGUUCACAGAAGAGAUGGAGAUUAUGAAGCUCCUGGACCAUCCCAACAUCGUCCGCCUCCAAGAGACGUUCGAUGAUGAAAGAAACGUGUACUUGGUGCUGGAGCUUUGCUCCGGGGGUGAACUCUUUGAUCGCAUUGUUGCAGACGGCAAAUUCACUGAGCAGGUUGCUGCGUACUGCGUGCAACAAAUGCUCCGAGCCGUGAACUACCUGCACAGCAAUUGCAUCAUGCAUUGUGACCUCAAGCCAGAGAACUGGUUGCUUGCAGAGACCGAAGCAAUUCUGAAGACGCACCUGAAGAUGGUGGACUUUGGCUUGUCCAAGCGCUUCACGCCGGGCGACUUUGCCACCACAAAGGCUGGGGCUCCGUACUACGUGGCUCCUGAGGUUCUCGCAGGUCACUACAACGAGCUGUGCGACGUGUGGAGCAUCGGGGUGAUCAUGUACAUCUUACUGAGCGGCACGCCACCGUUCUCUGGAAAUGAUACGAUGGCCGUCCUCGAGUCUGUCAAGCGCUCCGAUUUGUCUUUUGACAAGAAGGAGUGGAAGCUGAUCUCCAAAGAGGCAAAGGACAUGUUGAAGGUCCUUCUCAUGCGGGAUCCGUCUCUGAGAGUCAACGCUGAAGCGGCUUUGAAGGAGGAGUGGAUCACAAAGCAGAUAGACAUGACGCAGCCAGACAUGACACAUGCCUCCCAGGUCGUGGUGCAGAAUCUGAAGAGCUUCGCAGUGAUGAACAAGCUAAAGAAGGCAGCGCUGAACAUCAUUGCAACGCAGCUGACUGAUGAUGCCAUCAAAGAGCUGAAGGAGCUCUUCAUUGCCAUGGAUGACAACAACGAUGGCACUCUGAGUAUUGCUGAGCUCAAAGAUGGCCUGGUCAAGGCAGGGGUGGCUGUUCCUCCUGACCUUUAUGCCAUGAUGGACCGGAUUGACACAGACGGAAGUGGGGUCAUUGACUAUUCCGAGUUCAUGGCAGCCACGCUGGACAAACGCCAGUUCGUGGCGGAGGAAGCGUGUUGGAGGGCCUUCAAGACCUUUGAUCAAGAUGGCAGCGGUCACAUUGACAAGGAGGAGCUGAUGAAGCUGCUUGGGGGUGACAAUCGAGUCUCCGACAUGAUGCAAAUAAAGUAUACGAAGCAGGAGGUUGAUGCGAUCAUGAAAGAAGUGGACUUGAACGGAGAUGGUAAGAUCGACUUCGACGAGUUCCUGACGAUGAUGCGAAGAAUGCCUCGAGACAAUGAAAGAAAACCGGCACCUUCAAUUGGGAUUGCUGUGAAGCGCCCUCGAACGACAUCGAAGUGUACAUAG